GUGGCCCCGUCCUGCACCUGGUGGCCCCCUCCGGACCAUGGCAUGGGCACAGGGGGAUCUGACAUCCUCGCUCUCCAUCGUCAUCACCUUGGCUGCCUGCCUCUCGGCCACCACCAGCGAAGUGAACUUGCUAGACACGUCAACAAUCCUGGGAGACUGGGGCUGGAUGACUUAUCCCUCGCAUGGGUGGGAUUCCAUCAAUGAAAUGGAUGAGUUUUUCAGCCCCAUCCACACCUACCAGGUGUGUAACGUCAUGACCCCCAACCAGAACAACUGGCUCCGCACCAACUGGGUCCAGCGGGACGGGGCGCGGCGCGUCUACGCCGAGAUCAAAUUCACGCUGAGGGACUGUAACAGCAUGCCAGGUGUGCUGGGCACCUGCAAGGAGACCUUCAACCUCUACUACAUGGAGUCUGACCGGGAUCUGGGCACCAGCACCCGGGAGAGCCAGUUCCUGAAGAUCGACACGAUCGCAGCAGAUGAGAGCUUCACCAACGUGGACCUGGGCGUGCGGCGCCUGAAGCUGAACACGGAGGUGCGGGGUGUGGGGCCGCUGAGCAAGAGGGGGUUCUACCUGGCCUUCCAGGACAUCGGGGCCUGCAUUGCCAUCGUCUCGGUGCGGGUGUACUACAAGAAGUGCCCGGCUACGGUGAGGAACCUGGCGUCCUUCUCCGAGGCGGUGACCGGGGCGGACUCGUCCUCCUUGGUGGAAGUGCGGGGAGAGUGCGUGGGCCAUUCGGAGGAGAGGGACACCCCCAAAAUGUACUGCAGUGCCGAGGGAGAGUGGCUGGUGCCCAUUGGGAAGUGUGUGUGCAGUGCUGGCUAUGAAGAGCAGCGCGAUUCCUGCAUGGCCUGCCAGCUGGGGUUUUACAAAUCAGCCCCCGGGGACCAGCUGUGUGCCAAGUGUCCCCUGCACAGCCACUCGGAGAGCCGGGCAGCUCGCGUGUGCCGCUGUGACAGCAGCUUCUACCGCGCCGUGCAGGACCCCCCCUCAGCUGCCUGCACACGGCCCCCCUCUGCUCCCGUGAACCUGAUCUCCAGCGUGAACGGCACCUCGGUGACGCUGGAGUGGGGCCCGCCGCUGGACAAGGGCGGUCGAGCGGACGUCGUGUACAACGUGCGGUGCCGGCGCUGCGCGGGAGCCGCGGGGCCGUGCGAGGCCUGCGGCAGCGGCAUCCGCUUCGUGCCCCAGCAGAUGAGCCUGGUGCAGGGAGCGCUGACCGUCACCAACCUCCUGGCACACACCAACUACUCCUUCUGGGUGGAGGCCGUCAAUGGAGUCUCUGAUCUCAGCCUGGAGUCCAGGAGAGCCGCGGUCGCCAACAUCACGACAAACCAGGCAGCCCCGUCACAGGUGGUGGUGGUGCAUCAGGAGAGCACAGGCCAGAACAGUGUCACCCUGCUGUGGCAAGAGCCAGACCAGCCCAAUGGAAUCAUCCUGGAGUACGAGAUCAAGUACUACGAGAAGGAUAAGGAAAUGCAGAGCUACUCAACUCUGAAAUCCAAGAGCACCACUGCCACCAUCUCUGGCCUCAAGCCUGCAACCCGCUACAUCUUCCAGGUGCGGGCUCGCACCUCUGCCGGCUGCGGGAGGUUCAGUCAGACUGUGGAGGUGGAAACGGGCAAGCCGGUGUCUCUCCGCUACGACACGAUGACGAUUGUCUGGAUCUGCCUGACACUCAUCGCUGGCCUUGUCACCUUGCUGGUGGUUCUGAUCUGCAAGAAGAGGCACUGUGGGUACAGCAAGGCUUUCCAGGACUCUGAUGAGGAGAAGAUGCAUUAUCAGAAUGGGCAAGUGAAGUUCCCUGAGUCCAAAUUCUACGUGGACCCCCACACAUACGAGGACCCCUGCCAAGCUGUGCAUGAGUUCACCCGUGAAAUUGAGGCCUCCCGGAUCAAGAUCGAGAAGGUCAUUGGGUCUGGGGAGUCGGGAGAGGUGUGCUACGGCCGCCUGAAGCUGCCAGGGAAGAAGGAGGUUCCCGUGGCCAUCAAAGCGCUGAAGGCAGGCUACACAGAGAAGCAGAGGAGGGACUUCCUGAGUGAGGCCAGCAUCAUGGCACAGUUCGACCACCCCAACGUCAUCCACCUGGAGGGGGUGGUCACCAGGAGCAAAUUGGUAAUGAUUGUUACUGAAUACAUGGAGAACGGCUCGCUAGACACCUUCCUCAGGAAACACGACGGGCAGUUCACCAUCAUCCAGCUGGUGGGGAUGCUGCGGGGCAUCGGGGCGGGCAUGAGGUACCUGUCUGACCUGGGCUACGUGCACCGGGACCUGGCUGCCCGCAACAUCCUGGUCAACAGCAACCUGGUGUGCAAAGUGUCCGACUUCGGCCUCUCCCGCAUCCUGGAGGACGACCCCGACGCCGCGUACACCACCACGGGGGGGAAGAUCCCGAUCCGCUGGACGGCCCCCGAGGCCAUCGCGUACCGCAAGUUCUCCUCGGCCAGCGACGUGUGGAGCUAUGGAAUUGUCAUGUGGGAGGUGCUGGCCUACGGCGAGCGGCCCUACUGGAACAUGACCAACCGCGACGUGAUUAACUCCGUGGAGGAAGGCUACCGCCUGCCUGCCCCCAUGGGCUGCCCCAGCACCCUGCACCAGCUGAUGCUGGACUGCUGGCAGAAGGAGCGCAGCGAGAGGCCCCGCUUCUCCCAGAUCGUCGGCAUCCUGGACAAGCUGAUCCGCAACCCCGACAACCUCAAGUGCACGGGCACCAUCAACAGGUUCACCCAGACACGUUUGGACAGGGGUCUCCUUGACCUGAGCAGCUGCUUGACUGUGGAGGACUGGCUGGACUCCAUCCGGCUGGGGCACUACCGGGACAACUUUGCCAUGGCUGGCUACUCCUCCCUGGGCAUGGUGAUGCGCAUGAACAUCGAGGAUGUUCGGAGUCUGGGCAUCACCAUGAUGGGCCACCAGAAGAAGAUCCUGAGCAGCAUCCAGGCCAUGAGAUCCCAACUGCUGAACACAAACGGCCCCAGGAGACAUCUCUGA